UGGUACUUCGAUGAACGAUCUGCUUAAUUCCUCCCGCCACCGCACGCCCAGAAUGGGAGCCAAGGGGGUGGCAUCGUCAGCGGCGGGGACGGCGGCGCUGGUCUAUGUCGUGCUCUCCGGACGACUGUCCCCCGACGGAGCGGAGGAGGCGCCAAGGAGGCGGAACGGGCGGAGGGACGUUGGCGGGGAAAGCGAGGCGAGGUGGCCGGAGAGCGCGCCGGCGAGCUGGAGGGAAGCCGCGGCCGUGGCGGCGAGGACGGUGAGGUUGGCGUACGGCGAGACGCUGGGGAAGUGGCCGUUCGGGGACAUCGCCUUCGGGAUCAGCCACUACAUGCGUCUCCAGGUGGUUGCAGCGCUCCCUAGCACCGAAAACCACGCAUAUUCCAAAAAAGGAUUCUCGUAUGCCCGAGAGAUUGCGGAUGGCAAUCUGCAGCACGAGUAUACAAGUGGCAAUUGUGUGCCCUUGGAAGGUCCUGGAGUAAGGCAGGAGCUGAUUGCACUUCUCAGAUACCUGAGACUCUGCAUGUUCUUCUCAAAGGAGCAUUAUGAAGUGUUCCUAGAGUUUGGUGGAUAUGAGCAGAAUGAUAUUCUUAUAAGGAAGUCCAAGGCAAAGCUUAUGAAGCCUACGUUCACGGUUGUUCGCGACGAAAGUACCAGAUGCUUCCUCCUUUUUAUCCAGGGAGCUAUCAGUGUUAAGGAUCGCCUGACAGCAGCAACUGCGGCAGAGGUUCCGUUUCAUCAUGUUGUGUCACAAGAAGGCCGUGGAUCAUGUAUAGUUGUUGGGCAUGCACAUUGUGGAAUGGUUGCAGCAGCUCGCUGGGUUGCGGAUCAGGCCAUUCCCUGCCUUAGUAGAGCAGUCGAGCGAUUUCCAGACUACAAAAUUAAGGUAAGUAACUAAAUAUUUUCUGAACUUCCGAAAAUGUGAUUUCCAUUUGAAUGCUUUUCAAAACUAGAGUUGUAGAAGACCUUACUGAGUCAACUUUCUUAAUGGUAUUUUUGGUAUUUCUCUUGGUAGUACGAGUCAACUUCACAUUAAAGUAGCACAUAUUUGAAACUAAAAGGCAGUGGCAGAUCUAGGGGUGGGGUGGUGGGGGCCAUGGCCCCCACAAACAAUUUGCAGAACAUUGUUUACUAGUGCAUUCAUAUGUAUAUUCAAUACUUUAUUAACUAUUUGUAAUGUGUUUUGACAAAAUAAACUGCUACCCUUUGUAAUGUUGCCCCCACAUUGGUCAAAUUCUAGAUCCACCAUUGCUAAAAGGUAAUGCAGAUUACAUAAGGACUCCUCGAGAUAAACUCUCACAAAAAAACAUUGCUGCAUCAAGAUUUUUGCUAACUAAAAUAAUAUUAUCAUUGUUUCAUUUUAGAUCAUUGGGCAUUCCAUGGGUGCUGCUAUUGCAGCUAUUUUAACAUGUAUACUACGUGAGAACAAGAAGUUAUC